AUUUGUGCAAGUUUUGCUCUUCAUCUUCUACCUUGUGUUAAAUGCUCAUCCAUCGAACUCAAGCCGGCCAGCGAUAAUAGCAUCAAACAUCAUAAUGGCCAGUGCACAAGAAUUUCAUAGAACUACACUUAGAGUCUUCUUCUGUCUUCAUGCAAUUGCCCAGGUGCUUUCGGUACUACUUGCUACUGCUGGAGCAGUUAUUUCAAUCAGAAGCUUUGAGAAUUCGUUCAACAACUGCCACCAAAGACUAGGAUUAGGACUUUAUGGUGCUAUUUAUGUGCAAAUCUUAACUGGAUUUCGCAGACCAAGGAGGGGAAGGAAAUCUAGAAGCGUUUGGUAUCUUUUCCAUUGGAUAAUGGGAACUGCAAUAUCUUUCGUUGGGGUUUUUAAUACCUACACUGGCUUAAAAGCGUAUCAUUCGAAAACAUCAAAGAGUACAAGCCUUUGGACUGCACUUUUCACGGCUCAGGUCCUUGUCAUGGCAUUCUUUUACCUCUUUCAAGACAAAUGGGAUUAUAUGAAAAGCAAGGACUAA